AAUUUCCAAGUGAUCGACAUUUACUUGUCACUUUUAUUUUACAGAGUACCAAUUUUUAUUUUAGGUUCAAACAAUGUGAUAUUUUAUUCCCCCAUUCUCGAAGAAUGUCCAGGAAAGCUUUUCAAGUCCAAGUGGAACUCGACGUCCAAGCUGUGACAUGUCCUGGUGUUUGGUUGUGUUCAAACGGCAAAGUGUCUCUCCAAAUCUACAUGUUGGACUCGUGUGUCCAAACUGCCAGCUACAAGCCCAUCUUCCCGAUCCAAUGCAGCGAAACGUUCGUUUUCUACAAGACGUUUCUCUCCAAACACCAGCUGCACGAACUUCAAAGAGAGUUGCACGACCAGUGGCUCUACAUUGAGCUGGUACAAUGGCAGAGUUGCGAAAUCGGUAACGUUCUAGCCUCGUUUCAGACCACUUUAGACGAGCUUUUGUACCCGUCGACAAUCAACGGAUCGAUUGCCGGCGUCGAUUUGGAUCUGUUAAUGGAACCCACGAAAACAUUUCCGGGAACAAUAGCGCCGAAAGUUGAAGUUAGCACCAAAACUACAAUUGAGGAAACUUUGUGUGUUUGCACAAAACCGACCCCUAGCACGGUUGUAGUCAACCCAAAAGUGAUAACUUCAACUCAGAGAAAAACGAGGAAAAAUGUCUGCAGAAGAGUCUGCCAUUCAGUGUCAUACAGCAGAAAAAAACGUCCUUUUAAAUGUGGUAAAAGUCGGCCACCGUUUUGCUACCGCAAAGCUGAAGAUGAUUUAAUUCUCCGAAAACCAAACUACGAAACUGACGAUAAAUGCACUUGCAGGGAGUCGAAAAGUGUCAAACGCAUCAGCGCUGUAAGAAUCGAAAAACCGGAAUUGAUGAGCAAACAAUCACAAGCCUGCCCUUGUGUCUCAAAAAAAUGCCCACUUUGUGCUAAAUACAAGGGUUACUUUGACACUGUUAGAUACGCCAGUGAAGAGCAAGAAAAAGCCGACUUUCCGACCCAACCACGAACAAAUCUAUUCGAUGCCAAUAAAAUGUGUUCAAAGCACAGCAAAAACGCCCAGUGUCAUUGCUGUCGCUCCAAAGCUUGGGCCACAAGCGAGGAAAAAUCAGACGCGGGUGAAACCGUCUUUUCCGAUGAAGAAAAGAAAAAAGUUUGUUUGUGUUUCGAUCAGAAACCGAGUUUGGCCGAAAAGUUGCAUGCGAAACUUGCAAAAACACUGAGUUCGAUACCGAGAUCGAUCGAGUGGUCGUGUUAUGACAACGAAUACGAAUGUCAGUGUUGCCAAAGUCCGAAUUCGUCAUCCAGAGCUGAGCUUUACCGAGAUUUGCAAAGGUUUUAUGGGGAAUUGUACGAAAAAAGCCGGAGUAGUGCCCUGUGUGUACCUGAGUGUCCCGGAGCUAAAUGAGUGUAAAAUGUCUUGUGCUCGGUGGAAAGUUUUUAGUCAAAUCUAGAAUAAACGUUGAAAAGCAA